GCAGUCGCCAUUGACGACCCCCUCUCACUCUCCCCUCCCUUAAAUCCCUCCUCUCCCCGCGUCCUUCUCCCCAUCAACGCUUCAUUCGCUCCAGUCUCAUCGAAUCCAAUUCACAGCCAGCCAGACAGGGCGGGAGAUCUCCAAGAAGCUAUCUUGGAAUCCGAGAACACCUUGCAUUCGCGGUCAGUCAAGGAUUCGAAUUCUGACGGACGAGCUCUCCGGCCAAAAAAAGUCAAAUAAUUUUCGGGAUAGCUCGGGUGGCGUCUCGGCAACCGGAGGAGACCCCGGGGGAUUAAGGAAGGGGCAAGAUGGUGAGGCUGCCUUACACAACGGCGCUGACCACGCUGUUCAGCUACGGGCUGCUCUUCGCCUUCGGCCAGCUCAGGGAUUUCUUCCGCAAGUUCGUCGACUGGUUCAAGGCCAAGAACGUCAAGGGCUACGCGCCGAUCUGCCUGGGACUGGAGGAUUUCUAUGUGCGACGACUGUACCUGCGGAUCCAGGAUUGCUUUGGUAGGCCGAUAGCAAGUGCACCUGAUUCAUGGUUUGAUGUUGUUGAGCGCACCUCAAACGACAAUAACAAGACAUUACAGCGUACCUCAAAUACCACUAAAUGCCUCAACCUGGGCUCGUACAACUACCUUGGCUUUGCCGCAGCAGAUGAGUACUGCACUCCACGUGUUAUUGAUUCUCUCAAGAAAUACUCAGCAAGCACCUGCAGUGUUCGUGUCGAUGGAGGUACGACCAAGCUUCACACUGAGCUGGAGGAGUUGACUGCACGUUUUGUUGGAAAGCCUGCUGCUAUCCUCUUUGGCAUGGGUUAUGUUACAAACUCUGCCAUCAUUCCCUGCCUAAUUGGAAAGGGUGGGCUGAUAAUUAGUGACUCUCUGAAUCAUAACUCAAUUGUCAAUGGUGCGAGAGGAUCUGGUGCAACUGUUAGGGUUUUCCAGCAUAACUCCCCUGCUCAUUUGGAAGAGGUCUUGAGAGAGCAGAUAGCUGGUGGUCAACCACGGACACACAGACCAUGGAAGAAGAUCAUUGUCAUUGUUGAGGGUAUCUAUAGCAUGGAAGGGGAGCUGUGUAAACUCCCUGAGAUUAUAGCUGUCUGCAAGAAAUACAAGGCUUACACAUAUCUGGAUGAGGCCCAUAGCAUUGGUGCUGUUGGACAGUCUGGCCGCGGUGUUUGUGAACUCCUUGGGGUUGACCCAGCUGAUGUAGAUAUAAUGAUGGGUACUUUCACCAAGUCUUUUGGAUCAUGUGGUGGAUAUAUUGCCGCAUCAAAGGAGAUAAUUAAGCACCUGAAGCAUAGUUGCCCAGCCCAUCUGUACGCUACUUCCAUGUCACCACCAGCAGUCCAACAAGUUAUCUCUGCUAUUAAAGUUAUCCUUGGGGAGGAUGGCUCCAGCAGAGGUGCCCAAAAACUUGCACGCAUCCGUGAGAACGGUAAUUUCUUCAGGUCCGAACUCAAGAAGAUGGGUUUUGAGGUUCUUGGCGACAAUGAUUCUCCUGUUAUGCCCAUAAUGCUUUACAAUCCGGCUAAGAUCCCUGCAUUCUCUAGGGAGUGCCUUAGACAAAAGGUCGCCGUUGUUACCGUGGCGUUUCCAGCAACACCUCUUCUUCUUGCUAGGGCACGCAUCUGCAUUUCGGCUUCACACACUAGGGAGGAUUUGAUGAAAGCCCUUGAUGUUAUCAGCAGAGUUGGUGAUCUUGUGGGCAUCAAAUACUUCCCUGCAGAACCACCAAAGAUUGCUGAAGCUGGUCAUGAUAAGCUGGAGUAGGAGCGAACCCUGAAUCGCCCCAUGAGUGAUUGAAGUUGUUAGAAUCCCUUCCGGAGUUAUCAACAGAUCAUUAUGGAAGCAAGCAUAUAUGGAGCCGUUUCGCUGGGAUUUUGUGGAUACGCAAAGAGUCCAUGAUCUGUCCUAUUAGGCAGCUGACAGUUAUUUGUUGAUUGUACAACUGUUCUUCCAAUUGUGUAUAGCUGGUUGAAAUUUAGUUGUUCUGUUGCUAAUCUGUUUCAAAUACGUAGUAGAAUCGGAGGCAAUAUAAACUUUCAGCAGAGCAUUACUGAGUUUC